UACAACUGAGUGGCAACAUGGCCGUUAAAGGAAUUGCAGCUAGAAUCGGACAAUCAUACAGCAAGCAUUUUUAUUAACUUUGAUGGUUUAUUUUUAUAACUUUUUUUCGAAUUUCUAACAGAAGUCAAUAGAUUGAAGUAUGUAUUUUUUUCAAACAUACUAUUUACGUUCAUUCUUGGACUCAUAUCAUUAUGCCAGGAUUCUUUGCAGCAAGAAAGUACAAAACUUACACGAAAGAGAAUAUUCAACUUGCUCUAGAGAGGAUUCGGGCGGGUAACAUUUCUGUUAGGGCGGCCGCUCGUAUGUAUGCCAUCCCCCGAGCCACUCUACAAGAUAAAGUAAAUGGAAAAACUCCGCUUGAUUCAACACAGGGACCAAACCCCGUGUUGACUAAAGCGGAGGAACUUAAACUUGUGGAGUGGGCAAAGGGGAUGGCAGCUAUUGGCUAUGGGCGGACCCAGUUAGAGUUGAAACUAAUGGUACAGAAAAUAAUGAUAGCAGAUGGCCGCCCGAAUCCUUUUAAAGAUAAUUUACCAGGACGUAAAUGGAUGACCAACUUUAUGAAGAGACAUCCAGACUUGGCAAUGAGGCUGCCGGAGGGCUUGGGAAGGGAGAGGGCAGAUGUCACCCUGGCUAAAAUCGAGGCAUGGUUCAACGAGUGCCAAGAAUACAUGGUUACGAGCGGGAAUGAGGAGGUCUUUAGUGACCCUCAUCGGCUGUUUAAUGCAGACGAAAUUGGCUUCCCUCUUGCAGGGAAGACCGAGAGGGUCAUUGCGCCAAAGGGGGCGAAGAACGUGUACCAGCAAACGGCAUCAACACGGCAGCAGAUCACGGUCGUGGGUGCAUGUAAUGCUUCAGGUCAAUACAUCCCGCCGUUGAUCAUAUUCCCAGGUGUCCGUUUUGCCUACAACCCCCUGGAUGGCGCACCAGCCGACUCUUCCUUUGCAAAAUCGAAGAGCGGCUGGAUAAAUUCUGAAAUCUUUUACGAGUACAUUACCAAUCAUUUCCACCCUUAUGUUAAAUCGUUAAAUACUAAGUUUCCAAUAGUUUUAUUUGUGGAUGGGCACGCAUCCCACAUUAAUAUCGAGACGGUCGAUUUUUGUGUGGAAAAUGAUAUAAUUCUUUACUGUUUGCCGUCCCACUCAAGCCACCUGAUUCAGCCACUUGAUGUGGCUGUUUAUAAGUCAGUAAAGUCCGCUUGGUUCAACGCUGUACGAGAGUAUAUGAUAACGCAUCCCGGCCAGGUUGUGACCAAGCAGGCAUUUUCGACGGUGUUCGCAACGGCUUGGAAAGAAGGCGCAAAGUCGAAAAAUGCCAUUUCCGGAUUUCGGAAAUGUGGAAUAUAUCCUUUCAAUCCAGCCGCCAUAGACGCCGAAAAAUUGCUGCCCUCCACAGUAUAUCACGACACAGAAUCAUCUUCAUCAGUAACAACGCCGCCACCAUCACAGCCAUCAACAUCAUCAAAGUCAUCAACAUCAUCAAAAUCAUCAACAUCUACUACGACCGCCCUUCUUGCUCUUGAAUCCACCCUCAGUGGUGAUAUGAUAGCCUUAUACCGUCGCAGGCUUGACGAGGGUUAUGACAUCGCGGAUCCCAUGUAUUCAGCGUGGGCAGCACUAUACAAUGCCUCAAAGCCGCCUCUCCCCCCAAAACCAACAACAGCUCCUCAGAAACCAACGGAAGCUCCUCAGAAACCAACGGAAGCUCCUCCGAAACCAACAGUAGCUCAUCCGAAACCAGCCGCAGGGAUGGCAGAGACAUAUGUGUCUCCAUCUUUGGAGGAGCAUCUCCACUAUCCAAAGAGAACAUCAAAACAGGAUGAAAGUAAAAUAAAGAAAAGACUCCCCCAUGUGAUAUCAGGUGCCGCGUAUCGUGAGAUGCUGAGAGAGAAAGAAGAAAAAAAGAAAGAAGAGGAAGAGGCUAAAGAAGAAAGAAAAAGGAAGAGAGAGGAAAAGAGUAGAGAACGAGAGGCUAAUGAAAAGAAUAAGAAAACACGUCAAAGCAAACAAAAUACCAUAAUUAAUCAAAAUAUAUGUAGUAAAUGUAAGAAUGAGUAUGACGAUAAACCGGACGACUGGAUUGGAUGUGAGGAAUGUGACAGGUGGUUUCACCGACGAUGUACGGACAUUAUGGACAUUGACAAUAUGACGAUAGACGAUUUAAAUGACUUGGACUGGAAAUGUGAAAACUGCCUGUAACGACUGACAGACUAGACUGACAGGAGUGGACAUAUA